AUGUCGAGAUUUCUAUGCGAGGCACAAGCUUAUCUGGAAACCGAAAACUUCCCAUUCAACGUCGGCACAGUACUCUUCACUCAUUCUGAUACAAAACGAAACCGUUGGAGCAAAAAAGAAAUAGCUUUGCUCCGAGCUCGAAGGAAUUUCCAAUCUCUCAUCCCACAUCUUAACAUGAUCAACACACAGAACGAAAAAUAUGUGGAUUCGUUGCUCAAUUACUGGAAAAAUGCAUACAUAUCGAUUAAAAGAGAAGCUCCAAACCCCGAAGCUGAUAGCAUUAUGACUACAGCGCUCUCAGAUGUUAUAGGAGGAUACCUUAAAGUACGGGCUUUGCCUGUUACAAAGUUCUCGUUCUACGGAGGCAGUACAUCAGAAGAUGAUGCUGUGAAACUGUUUAAAUUUCAUGAUGAGAUAAAGAAUUACAUGGGAACUCACGGAAAGGGCUGGAAGGAUGCAGAUCCAAAUGUACUUAACUCUGUUGCUAUCAAUAUACCUUCCAAACGCGACUCCAAGGUACGGAGCAUGUCUCACCCUUGCGAACAUUUGGCAUAUUACGAGAAGACGCCAACUGGAUUAUCGAUACCAACACCUUUUAUUAACUGGGAUGAUAAAACCAAAACCAUGUUUAUUCCAUUGAAGAAUUACUCGCUGAUUCCUUUGGAAUCUCAAAAUGCCACCAACGCUCUUUUCAGAUAUUAUGAUGUUGCGAAAAAUUGUAUAGGAACCAGCAGCCAAGCAGAACAAGAUAAUUUUGAUCAGCGAUUCCAAACCUGGCUUACAGAUGACGUUGUCCCUCAUUUGGCUGAUGAUCGAUUGUAUUUAGCCCUUGGAAGUGUUCUUACUCUGGUCAAUACAACAAGAAGCCUUUACGAUACCGUAGUAAACUUAUACAAUAACUGUGCUACUGAAUGUAGACACAAAUUUUCUAUCGGAGGAUUUCCUGUCGAUAUGUGCUCAAAGAAAGUUAUAGUUAUUACAGUAAUACUGUUCCUCGAGAUAGCAUGGUGUAUUCCCGCUUUAUUGUACAUCAUGUGUAAGAAAAGAAAAAAGGACGGAUGUAGUAACGUUUAUCUCUUUGUUGAGCCUAAACCAGAGAAAAAAAACUUUCCAAAAGAGAGAUUGAAACUUGAGAAAGCACCUAGGCCGAGACAGAAUAAGCGUGAUAUUAGCGUAGCACCAUCCAUAGUCGAAAUGAGUUCUAGUGAACAGAUGAUGUUCAGUACGACCCCAAAAUCUCGUAACGUUGGAACUAAACAAUCAUCGGUUUGUAAAUGUUCCACUGGGACAGGCGUCCAGUCAUUUUUCAGCUCUAAAGUCAACUCUACAGAAGUUGCUAGAGUUAUUUACGAUUCACCAAUGCCAUCUCUCAAGUCGUCGUUGAAGAAAGUGCCUAGUGAUAAAAUAGAGGUAAUAAAAGCACAGCCAAACAUUUUCCAACAAUCAUCAAGCAUUGCUACGAUGCAAAGAGUCCAACCAAAAACAGUUACAUUAAAACACAACGAUAAACCAGCUAAAAUCGGAACACAGACGAGCAACCGAGGCGACAAAUACAAAAAGAUUUGCGACAACAAUAAUAAGAUUUGUGUGGAAUGUCCGUGCGUGGCUUGUUUAGAAGAUGAGUGCGUUGCCGAAACAAAAAGACAAAGAAGAGUUCAGAGAACACAAAAAUCAGACAAGUCAUCGAAAACUACAGUAACUCGCUCCGACAAAGAGACAGUGACCAGUUCUAAAAUGACCCGUUUUCAAAUGCAGAAAGAAAUAAAAGUGACAAGGGGUAACAAAGGCCUCAAACUUUGUACCGGGAAACCGUAUGUCGAAAUCACUAUAGACCGUCCACAAACUGAGAUUUCCGUAGGAAUUAGCGGCAUGAACGAAUCUGUUAAAAACGUGAAACCAAGUAAAAUCCCCAAGCGAACAUCAACGAAUGUGAUGCAAGCUUGUACUUCGCCGAAAAGCAUCCAUCAUUACUUUAUGAGUAGCAAAAAGACUCUGAUUCCUCAACUGAAGAAACGAAUCGUAAUGGACGACAUACUUAUAAGAAAUAGGGGUACGUCGAUGACGGAAAAGUUAAAUAUGACAAUAUAGACUUACAAUAGAUUUUUAUGGAUUAGUAUUAAUGUUUAUAAUAUAAUGUAAGAAUAAAACUAUCUUUCUCUGUAAUGCUAAUA